UACCGUGCGCGUCUCCAAGUGCAAUUGUUGUGUGGAAGCGGAAAGCAAAUCAUUGCUAAAGAGAACAAACGUUUGUGCGUACAUAUGGAAUACCUUUAUUCGCGCUUUUGAUUCCACCAACGCGCUUUUUCCGUCUAGCAUGACGCGUAAGUGAUGGUGCACAUUUUGGUUUCGUGACCUGUCAGCUGGAUCAGGUUGUGUUGUUGGAUGGAUGUGGCACGAAUUGGAUGGUUACACAUUUUCCUUUGUUUGAAAUGCACUCAACGGGAAUGACAUUUCUAUGACAAGUUUCUAUUUUGUGCAAUUUUCUGAGCAAUGGAGUGAGGCGAGGGCGCACGGGGAGCUGGUUGAAAGGGACUUUUAUAUUUUUAUUUCACUUCACAUAGACUGAUGGGGACUCUAAGUGGUAACAGAUGUCUUUACUGUAAUGUGCACUCUUCUUCAUCUGCUUAAUGCCAGUUUGGAUUUUACCUGUUGGAUAUCUGCAUGUCUAGGAUGGCUCGUUUUGGAGACGAUCUGCCCACCCGCUAUGGAGGUCCAGCGGGCGCCGGGAGAGGGGGAGCCCGGGCAGGAGGUCCCUCGGGCGGUCAAAGAAUGUACAAACAGUCGAUGGCUCAGAGAGCCAGGACAAUGGCUUUAUAUAAUCCUAAACAAACCAAACAGAACUGCUUCACUGUCAACCGCUCUUUGUUCAUCUUCAGUGAGGACAAUGUCUUCAGGAAAUACGCCAAAAGAAUAACCGAAUGGCCUCCAUUUGAGUACCUGAUCCUCACUACCAUCAUUGCCAACUGCAUCGUACUGGCCCUCGAACAGCAUCUCCCUGCCAUGGACAAGACCCCCAUGUCUGAACGCCUGGACGACACAGAGCCCUACUUUAUCGGAAUAUUCUGUUUCGAGGCCGGCAUUAAGAUCAUCGCCUUGGGCUUUGUGUUUCACAAAGACUCUUACCUACGCAACGGCUGGAACGUAAUGGACUUCGUGGUCGUUCUGACAGGGAUUUUAACCACAGUGGGCUCACAGUUUGACUUGAGAACGUUGCGGGCCGUCAGAGUGCUGAGACCCCUCAAACUGGUGUCUGGAAUCCCAAGCCUUCAAGUAGUAUUAAAGUCCAUUAUGAAGGCCAUGGUUCCACUUCUUCAGAUUGGACUGCUGCUCUUCUUUGCCAUCGUCAUGUUUGCCAUCAUCGGCGUCGAGUUCUACAUGGGCAAAUUCCACUUCACCUGCUUUAAAGAGGAUACAGGAGAAAGAGUUGGUGAUUACCCAUGUGGAGCAGAACGUCCUUCAAGAGAGUGUCCCAAUGGAACAGUAUGUAGGGGGUACUGGACAGGACCCAACUUCGGCAUCACCAAUUUCGAUAACAUCCUCUUCGCCAUCCUCACAGUCUUCCAGUGCAUCACCAUGGAAGGAUGGACUGAUGUACUAUACCAUGCCAAUGAUGCCUCAGGGAACACCUGGAACUGGCUGUACUUCAUCCCUCUCAUCAUCAUUGGCUCCUUCUUCAUGCUUAACCUUGUCCUGGGUGUCUUAUCAGGGGAAUUUGCCAAAGAAAGAGAGCGAGUGGAGAAGAGGCAGGAGUUUUUGAAGCUUCGCAGACAGCAGCAGAUUGAGAGAGAGCUCACCGGAUACCUGGAAUGGAUAUGCAAGGCAGAGGAGGUGUUGCUGGCGGAGGAGGAUCAGAAUGCUGAGGAGAAAUCCCCUCUGGAUGGUGCGUGGUACAAGAGGAAACAAAACAACCCAGUGCUGAAAAUAACUAAGACCAGGAAGGGUCGAAAUGACCUCAUCAGUGCUGAAGAGGGGGAGGAACAUUUCACAGACAUCUCCUCUGUUGCGCCACCUGGAUCACCUUUUGCUCGAGCUAGCCUGAAGAGCAGUAAGAACGAUAGCUCCUCAUACUUUCGUCGAAAGGAAAAGAGGAUACGCUUUUUCAUACGACGGAUGGUGAAGGCACAGAGUUUUUACUGGAUUGUUCUGUGUUUGGUGGGAUUGAACACGAUGUGUGUGGCCAUUGUCCAUUAUGACCAGCCUGAGUGGCUCACCAAGGCCUUGUACCUGGCAGAGUUUGUAUUCCUGGGACUGUUUCUGACAGAGAUGACUCUGAAGAUGUACGGCCUGGGGCCCAGAAACUACUUUCACUCCUCGUUCAACUGUUUUGACUUUGGGGUAAUUGUGGGAAGUAUAUUUGAGGUGGUGUGGGCAGCGAUCCAGCCUGGCGCAUCUUUUGGGAUCAGUGUUCUGAGAGCCCUGCGCCUGCUCCGUAUCUUUAAAGUAACCAAAUAUUGGAACUCUUUGCGGAAUCUUGUGGUUUCACUUUUGAACUCCAUGAAGUCCAUCAUUAGCUUGCUCUUUCUCCUCUUCCUCUUCAUCGUGGUGUUUGCCCUGCUAGGCAUGCAACUCUUUGGGGGCCAGUUUAAUUUUGAAGAUGAAACUCCCACUACAAACUUUGACAGCUUCCCUGCAGCCAUAAUGACAGUCUUCCAGAUUUUGACAGGAGAGGAUUGGAAUGCAGUGAUGUAUCAUGGGAUAGAGUCCCAGGGUGGCGUCCGGGGUGGAAUGUUCUCCUCGGUCUACUUCAUUGUUCUUACACUGUUUGGAAACUACACACUUCUCAAUGUAUUCUUGGCCAUUGCCGUGGAUAACCUCGCCAAUGCACAGGAGCUGACAAAGGAUGAAGAGGAACAAGAGGAGGCAGCGAAGAAAAGCAUGGCUCUUCAGAAAGCCAUGGAGGUGAAGGAGGUCAGCCCAAUGUCUGCUGCCAACAUCUCAAUAGCAGCUUUUGUAAAGCAAAAUCGAGAUGCAAUCUCUCGCAGGUCUUCAGUCUGCAGCGUUCACUCACCUAAAGAGCAGCAGAGGUCACUGCAGAAGAUGUCCAUAUGGGAGCAGCGCACCAACCAGCUGCGCAGACACAAUAUUCGCAACAGCAGCGAGGCCCUUUACAGCGAACUAGAGCCUGAAGAGCGUCUGCGCGUGUCUUCGGCACUCCAUCUGCGGCCUGACAUGAAGGCCCACCACGAUCGGCCGCUGGUAGUGGAGCACCAAGACGGUACUGUGGACAAUUCUAGGACUGACAGAGAUGGAGACACUCCAGACUGUCAACCAUCCUCCGGCCAACCAAAGAAGCACCAUCGAUGUCGAGGGGAGAACGGAGAUGCAGGAGAAGGGCGGCACCAUAGACACCACAGCCGAAAUAGAGAGCACCAGAGCGGCCUGGAGCACAGCAACAGUCAGGAUGGAGGACACAGGAACCACCACACAGCUGGUUCUCCUGAAGAGGGCAUAGGGAUGGAGGAGAGAGAACACAGACACCACCAUUCUCGCCGAUCCAGAGAGAUCAACGGGAAUGGCAACGGCACGAUCAGUAAUGGAGGCAGAGGCGAGGGUAGGAUAAGAGGUCACAGAGAGGGCGAAGGAGGGAAUGGAGAGAGGAGGAGACACCGGCCACGUGUUAAAGCCCAGUCCACACUGGAUGGAGAAGAAUGCAGGGAGAAUGGUGGAAAACACAGGGGCAGACCAACAGGAACAGACAGCCAAGCCACCAGCCCUCUCCAGUCUCCAACUGAAGAGAAGCCAGAGGACAAAGAUAAUAUAAAAAACAGCACCAGAGUGGGCCCAACUGGAGUCAACAUCCCUGUCACAAUAACUGCCCCACCAGGAGAGACUACAGUCAUUCCCAUGAACAACAUUGAUGGUGACAGUCUACUGCUGAACGAGGAAAAGAAGGAUCUUGAUGAGCUAAAUCAGAAUGCGCCCAAACACAUUCUGCCGUACAGCUCCAUGUUUGUGUUCGGUCCAAAUAACCCAGUGAGACGGCUGUGUCAUUAUGUGGUGAACCUACGGUAUUUUGAGAUGUGUAUCCUCACAGUCAUCGCCAUGAGCAGCAUCGCCCUCGCUGCUGAAGACCCUGUGCAGGCCAAUGCCCCGCGCAAUGAUGUGCUGAAAUACCUAGAUUAUGUCUUCACUGGUGUGUUCACAUUUGAGAUGGUUAUAAAGAUGAUCGAUCUUGGGUUGCUGUUGCAUCCUGGGUCUUACUUCAGGGACCCGUGGAACAUACUGGACUUCAUUGUAGUCACCGGUGCUCUGGUGGCCUUCGCCUGCUCAGGAACUAAAGGCAAGGACAUCAACACCAUAAAGUCCCUAAGGGUCCUUCGAGUCCUGAGGCCCUUGAAGACCAUUAAACGUUUGCCUAAACUCAAGGCCGUGUUUGACUGCGUGGUGAACUCUCUAAAGAAUGUGCUCAACAUCCUCAUCGUUUACAUCCUCUUCAUGUUCAUCUUCGCGGUUAUUGCUGUGCAGCUUUUCAAGGGGAAGUUUUUUCACUGCACCGACGAGUCCAAAGCCCUGGAGAAGGACUGCAGGGGUCAGUUCCUGGAAUACGGCAGUGAUGGACUCGCCAUGACACAGCCGCGCGAGUGGAAGAAGUAUGAUUUCCAUUAUGACAACGUCCUGUGGGCCUUUCUGACCCUGUUCACUGUCUCUACAGGAGAGGGCUGGCCAACAGUGCUGAAACACUCUGUUGAUGCCACAUAUGAAGACCAGGGUCCCAGUCCGGGUUACCGCAUGGAAACCUCCAUUUUCUACGUGGUCUACUUCAUCGUCUUCCCCUUCUUCUUUGUCAACAUCUUUGUGGCUUUGAUCAUCAUCACGUUCCAGGAGCAGGGAGAUAAAGCCAUGUCAGAGUGCAGCUUGGAAAAGAACGAGCGAGCUUGUAUCGACUUUGCCAUCAACGCCAAACCUCUGACACGCUACAUGCCGCAGGACAAGCAGUCUUACCAGUACAAGAUAUGGAAGUUUGUGGUGUCCACUCCGUUUGAGUACUCCAUCCUGACCAUGAUCGCCAUCAACACAGUGGUCCUCAUGAUGAAGUUCCAUGAUGCUCCUAAACCGUAUGAGGACAUGUUGAAGUGGCUGAACAUCAUCUUCACGGCUCUCUUCACGCUGGAGUGCAUUCUCAAGGUCAUUGCCUUCGGCCCUCUGAACUACCUGAAGGAGGCAUGGAAUAUUUUUGACUUUGUUACUGUGCUGGGGAGCAUCACUGACAUCCUGGUUACUGAGAUCAAGGAUAAGAGGAUUAAUCUGAGUUUCCUGAGACUUUUCCGGGCCGCUCGUCUCAUUAAACUCCUCCGGCAGGGCUACACCAUUCGCAUCCUGCUGUGGACCUUUGUUCAGUCCUUUAAGGCUCUGCCGUAUGUGUGUCUCCUCAUUGCAAUGCUCUUCUUCAUAUACGCCAUCAUUGGGAUGCAGGUGUUUGGUAACAUCAUGUUGUCAGAGGAGUCAGCUAUCAACAUCCACAAUAACUUCCAAACAUUUUUUCAGGCCCUCAUGUUGUUGUUCAGAAGUGCUACAGGGGAGGGUUGGCAUGAAAUUAUGCUGUCUUGUCUGAGCGAUAGGCCAUGUGACCGUGACUCUGGAUAUACUGGAAAAGAGUGUGGCAGUGAUUUCGCUUACUUCUACUUUGUCUCUUUCAUCUUCCUUUGUUCCUUCCUGAUGCUGAAUCUGUUUGUCGCCGUCAUCAUGGAUAACUUUGAGUACCUGACACGUGACGCUUCUAUUCUCGGGCCUCAUCACCUUGACGAGUUCAUCCGUGUUUGGGCUGAGUACGACCCUGCUGCCUGCGGAAGGAUACACUAUAUGGAUAUGUACAAUUUGUUGCGCAUAAUCUCACCCCCUCUUGGCUUAGGAAAGAAGUGCCCAAAUAGGGUGGCAUACAAGCGGUUAGUGAGGAUGAACAUGCCCAUAGCUGAAGACAGUACGGUUCACUUUACCUCCACUUUAAUGGCUCUCAUCCGGACCGCCCUGGAGAUUAAACUGGCAUCAGGAGUUUUGGCUCAGCGGCUUUGUGAUGCUGAAUUAAGGAAGGAAAUAAAUAAAAUUUGGAGUAACUUGUCUUCAAAAACAGUGGACCUGCUGGUGACACCUCAUAAACAUAAUGAAUUGACUGUAGGGAAGGUCUAUGCUGCUCUCAUGAUUUUCGACUACUAUAAGCAGAAUCGAGCCAAAAGACUACAACAGCAGCAGGCUGCACCAGGCACACAGAGUAAAGUUGGUGUUCUCUUCAGACCAAUGCUUCCUCUCACACACUUGCACGAUCAGGAACCACUAGUGCUAAAAGCCCCGCCCUCUUCUCAAUCAGAUACCACACCGCAGCCAGAUGCCCCGCCCACAUCCUUUCACCUGACCAAUGGGGAUGCAGUACAAAGCCAGAGCAGUGCCAUGAAAAAGUCUCCAUCAGGAGACAUACCUCAGGAAGUCACACAGGAAGCAAACAGAAGGCCUGUCCAACGGGGCCAAUCAGAAGACGUGCCAAACACAUACAGAUCUCAGGAAUUAGUUGAGAUGACUGACAUGGAGAAUGACUCUGAUGGGGGCGGGUAUCCUGUGCUGGAGGGUCACGGCAGAGCUGCCUCCAUGCCCAGACUCAAUGCUGGCUUUCAGCCUAUCGCAGACGUGAGUCCCAUGCGGCGGUCUACGUCCUCGUUGACUCCUCAGAGAGGGGUGCGAGAGGUCAGUCUGAGCGAUUAUGACCUGGAGAGGCCCAGGAUGUCCCCGGGCCAGACCCUCGCUCUGGAAAGAGAGAGGGAGAGAGCUCAUCAUCAUCAUCACCAUCAUCAUCACCGCUGCCAACGCCGCAGAGACAAGAAGCACAAAUCGCUGGAUCGAGCCAUCAGCGAGGAACAACCACCGUCUGCAGCAGAUCCAAACACUGAGUCGCUGCCUAGGGAACGAGCACGGGAGCGAGACCGCGGCCGUUCCCACGAGAGGAAGCACCAUUCAUCCUCAGCGGUGGAAAGGAAGCAGCGAUACUACUCUUGUGACCGCUACGGCAACCAUGAACAAGGCCACAGCGUGUCCGCCGGGCCCAGCAGAUCCACAUCGCCAGGAGAACCCCAUGACCCAAACAGGCUUAAACAGGGAGUUAACACAGCUAAAGGAACUUCAGUCGUUCAUACCUCAGGCACCAGCACGCCCUGCCGCGGGCGUAGACAGCUCCCUCAGACGCCCCUUACCCCUCGGCCUGCUGUUGCCUACAAGACUGCCAACUCCUCUCCGGUCCAGCUCAACAUUGCCCAGUCUACAGGGCCCUGCCCCACUCGCCUUAGUCGUGGCCUGUCAGAGCACGAUGCCCUACUCAGCGGUAGCACCCACCGCCAAUCUCCCGUGCCUGUCACUCGUAUCGGCUCUGACCCCAACUUAGGUCCCCUCCAGCAAGACUCGCACUUGUCUGAAUCGGACGACUUUCACGAUGCCUUGAGCACGUACGGCACGGGCCGCUCCCCCAGGACUGCAGCCUCCAUCGCCCACACUUCAUCAGGUGCGGCCCCCACUUCCACGCUGCUCUCGCGCAGCCAGAGCGGAGUCCCCAACGGGUAUCACUACUCCCUCGGAGUGAACGCGGCGCCUGGGACAAGCGGUAGAGCAUCUGGAAGCUACCAGGAAACUGAGAGAGAUGACUGGUGUUAGCAUGAUUCAAUCUAGCAUGAGUUUUAUCAUCUUUGCCCUAAGAGGAGGAGCCAAUUUUUGGAGGGAAACAAGAGUUACGUCUGGAGUUUACACUAUUACAACUGUUUACCAUCAGCUUGAGCCUAUAUGGUUUUAUAUAGGUGUUCUUCUCUUGUUUAGAAAGUAACAGACGUCCUUGUUACUGUUUACGAAAGUUGUGGCAAGAUGGAAAGCACUUGGAGGUCUUGAUUGGUUUCAAACUGAAUAGUUUAGCCUCAAGUGGCGCUCCCCACCUCUUUUAAUUUCAUUAGGGCUGAUUCCACAAGGGUCACAUACAGGUAGAUGGUCACAUCAGCUGUGCCUGUGAUCAAGACCUCAGACCUCAGAGAGGAAGAAGCCCAAAAACACAAGCUAUGGUGGAAACAGUUGUGCAGAAAAAGUGAGACAUUUAGCUGUUGAGAUUUGAGAGGUUCUUGACUCUUUGCACAGGACACAAUGACUGAAAAGUUAUUUCUAGGGAUUUUGGCAGUGUGUCCACCAAAAUAUUUAGUUUUUUUUUUCUAAAUCCAGCAUAUAAUUUCAAUUGUUUGCAGUGGGAGCACCACGUUUUAGUGUGACGUGGCGGCAAGCAUCUGUUCCAAGCUGAGUGUUUCUGGUUGUUGAGAGUUGAACAGUGUUCAUCUUUGGGUAAAAUGUAGCACUCGUCACUGUUACUUUUUACCUUAACUGUCCAUUUGCGUUGGAGGAUGGGUGGGACAAAUACAACACCAAGCAACUAUCACAUUCUACUUGUACAAUGAUUGAAUAACCAUUGUCUGACAUCCCCAGAUUACAACAUUAAUAUGAAAAAAAAUUAUGCUUGGGAGGAACAUUUGGGUCACCAUGGGUCUACCAGGUAGGCAGCUAAACGCUGCGCCUCCAAAGCGCUCUCAAGUGCCCACAACUGGGCAUUUUCAGAAGAGUUGCUGGCAUUUUCGGUGGCUAAAAACUCUUUGGUGGACACACAACCUUAAGGUUUGCGCUGCUGUAAUUCUACUUCUUUCUCUAGCGUGAGUGGAAAAGACGGUCUGCUCCCACCUACUGAAAAAAGGCCAAAUUGAACUCACUUUUCUAUCAGACUGCAGUAGAUUGAAUAUCUUUUCACAGUGUUCCAUUUUGUACCUUGUAAAUGAUCCGAGUGUAGCUGGACAUUACGUAAGGUCUAAUCCUUUUCUUACUCUCGAGAGGUAAGAUACCAAGUGCCUAAACUUUGAGAUUUUAUUGCCACAUUGGUGCGUGAUGCAUUACGAAGCAUUUGGCCUAAAAGAGGCAAUGAACAGAUGCUGUACGCUGUAGGUUAAAUGUCACUGAUAUUUGUUUCUUAGAUGUACUUGAGCAUGUGUUUGAGGAAAGAGAUUGCACAAAACAAAGACUGUAGCGUUGUAAAGUUUAGGUGGAUGUUAAUGACGUCGGUCUUUUCUGAGUGUGUUAUUGAAACGAUUCAGGGGAAAAUAGAUGAUAUAUUAAAAAGCUAAUGCAGUUGAGUUAUAGAAGACUGAAAGGUUGUAUUUGUUGGUUGCUGUUGAUGUCAGUGUUGUUUCCAGAGGGCAUAUUAUAAGCUCAUAUCUUUCUCUUUCAGUAAUUGAGGAAGAUGGUGAGAGCGACUAAAGCGCUUUGUCUACUUUUUAUUGUAUCUAUUAUUCACCACAAACAAAAGAUUCAGUGCAAUCUAUAUGAAAUAGAGAAUGUUGUUUUCUCUUAAUUAGUGAGAUAUUGUAAUGUUUUUAACGAGAAUUAACAAAGGUUAAUUUAUUCAGAAUAUGUAUUUUACUCUGAUCCUGCCCAUGUCUUCAGUUUGUCGACUUCGACUGUGUCUUUUCUAUCUGAAGAGUUUAUUACAUGGUGGUAUUUUUAGGGUGAGCCUGCAAUAGAGUGCAACAGUGGCUGCCUGCGUUUUCAGCGGUCGUGGUUCUGGAAGUGUUUUACCAUUCAUUGUCUUUAUGGGAAUUUCAAGCAAAACAGUAUACAAAACAUACAACUUUCUGAUUUAUAGUAUAAAAGCUACUGAAAAAAAAUGAAUAAAUUAAACAUAUCUUACGCGAUUUUCAUGAUUGGCAAAUCUCUUUGCAGGAUUAUGAGUGCUACAAUACAGUAGUUCUUUACCAGGAUUUUUUGCUUAAGAAUCUCAGCAGUGGCUAUGGAGAAAAUGAAUGGAAUUUUUACCUGUGGAACCUGACUGUUGUGCUUUAUUAUAUCUAAAUGCAGGGAAAUGUUGACUGUUGAAGUACAGUAGGGCUAUGCAACAAAAUGACACUUUAGGACUGCUUCUCAUCCUGUAGCUUUGUCUGCACUCAAAACAAUCUAGCUUUAGCACCAAUGGGACCAAUUCACCACUUCA